GCUGCUGCCGCCUGGCAGCGAGGCUGCCGCGCUCUUCUCCUCGCGCCCCACCUCCCCCAGAGCUGGCUGAGGGGGACAGCAGCCCCAGCAGGAGGGAGGGGACGCGGUGUGAACGGGAAUUUCCCCCACCUCCAAGUCUUGGGGUGCACCGCAGCCGCGGGGGGAAGACAUGCGUCGCUCCCCUCUGCCCAGCCUUGCUGCCGCUGGCGCUGGGAGAGGAGGGACUGCGAAGCCCACACCUGCAAACUCCCCCUAGAACUCUCGGGGUGCGGCGGCGGCCCCUCCUCAAUCCCCACGGCCUUCACCUCUCUGCGGGCGACUUUGCUCAGGUGGCCUCAGCCCCUGUCCGGGGACUGUGCCAAUGACCCUAGUGGUGGUUUCGUUUUCUCCUCUGGCGGCGGUGUGAACGUGUGUCCGCAACGUGAUGGGCAACCAGGUGGAGAAACUGACCCACCUAAGUUACAAGGAAGUUCCCACGGCUGACCCGACUGGCGUGGACCGGGACGACGGGCCCCGCAUUGGGGUCUCCUACAUCUUCUCCAGUGACGAUGAGGACGUGGAGCCGCAGCCUCCUCCCCAAGGGUCCAAUGGCGGCAGCUUGCCCGACGGUGGGGACGGGCCUCCGCUGCCCCAGCCGCAGCCCUACGACCCGCGGCUGCACGAGGUGGAGUGCUCCGUGUUCUACCGCGACGAGUGCAUAUACCAGAAGAGCUUCGCGCCAGGCUCGGCGGCGCUGAGCACCUACACGCCCGAGAACCUACUCAACAAGUGCAAGCCAGGCGACCUGGUGGAGUUCGUGUCUCAGGCGCAGUACCCGCAUUGGGCGGUGUACGUGGGCAACUUCCAGGUGGUGCACCUGCACCGGCUGGAGGUGAGCAACAGCUUCCUGACAGACGCAAGCCAGGGCCGUCGCGGACGCGUGGUCAACGAUCUGUACCGCUACAAGCCGCUGAGCCCCAGCGCGGUGGUGCGCAACGCGCUGGCGCACGUGGGCGCCAAGGAGCGCGAGCUCAGCUGGCGCAACUCCGAAUGCUUCGCCGCCUGGUGCCGCUACGGCAAGCGCGAGUUCAAGAUCGGCGGCGAGCUGCGCAUUGGCAAGCAGCCCUACCGGCUGCAGAUUCAACUCUCGGCGCAGCGCAGCCACACGCUGGAGUUCCAGAGCCUGGAGGACCUGAUCAUGGAGAAGCGGCGCAACGACCAGAUCGGCCGCGCGGCCGUGCUUCAGGAGCUCGCCAUGCAUCUGCACCCGGCCGAGCCGGACGAGGGCGACAGCAACCUGGCUCGGACUACGCCGCCUCCCGGGCGCCCCCCUGUGCCCAGCUCCGAGGAGGAGGACGGAGAGGCGGUGGCACACUGACGGGGCGGGCGAGAGCUGAUCGCAGAGCUGCGAAAGGGAGCUGUUUGCAGCAGCCGCCGCUGUCCCCUUCCUUUCUCUCUCCCUCCUUCCUUCGCUCCUCCGCCACCUUCUGGGCCCCAUCUGGGAUUCCUGGGCCCUUCGGAAAACGGAGAGUGGGUGAAAUGCGCAGCUGGCUGUGGACAGGGGUGGAGGAAGGGGGCAGAGGGAUCAGGUAGGAGCAUUGGGAGGGGGGUAGUUUCCUUCCGACCCCCUUGAUCUGUCCUUUCCGCGGUGGGGCAAAUUGUAGAGUUGCCUGGCACUUAAUGCUUGCUGAAUAUGGUUCUAAAAUCGGCCUUUAUGCAUGUAGAGUUGGAGAAAAGUAGGAGAACCAGUGUGUACCAUUGCAUCCUCUCCGCUUUCCUCUCUGCUCUGGGCUUGGAGGAUUCCUGGUACAAACUCCCGAAGCGGGUUUGUGGAGUCUCCACGGAGAGCUGCUUAUCUGCUUCCCCUGCGGAGCCGGGCUGUGUUUGGGAUCCGGAGGCUGGGAUGAUUUAUUUUAUGGGAUUCCUGAGGCAUGGGAGGCUGGCAAAACCAUGACAACAUCUGGUAGCGGCAGACCAAAACCAAGCAGCCCCCUGUUAAAUGUAACAAAUAGUUGAGCACAGUCGGGCUACAAACACAGACUUUGCUACCUCCCUCCUCCUCAACCCCAAGUAAUUAGUCUUUAGGAACUGACUCUUGGCUAAGUCUCCUGCUUCACCUGCCCCUUCCCAGAGUACAAGUAAAUCAUUGUCAAGGGCCAGCCACCGGAAGGAUUCAAUUAAGGCUUGUUCUGCUGUCUUUGUUUCUCCCCUGCUGUUGUAGGCACUUAUAGCUGAGUUGUUAUCAGUGGAGGGAAUGGCCCUUUGUGUCUCUGAUCUAAUUAAACCUCAGCUGUGUUCAUCUGCAGGUCACAGAUGGGAUUGGCUUGUGCCACCCCGUAAAGUAACUACUAUGGAAGCAGCCGAACAGGGCUGCCCUGGCAGGAAUUAAUCUCUCCUGCUCCCCUUCCUGAAUAGUGAAGGUAACCCUUUUAAA